CCUGGCCCAGCUAUCGCCAAUUGAACAGGCUGCUGGCACAAUACUGCCUUCCCCAAUCGAGUACUCCGCACGGCUGCAAUCGAUAGCCAAUGUGACUUGUCAAAGCAAUGGCCCCAAUAGGGGGGCACAUGAUUCGCCGCCGCUGUCUGGAAUUGAAGGGUGCUACGCCGUAGCAUGUGUUGGGUUGGGGUGCUUUUGGAGCUCUAAAACUGGGGUAGCCCUCCAUCUUCCGACCUUCUUUCUCUUUUCCUUCUUUUUCUUUUCCUCCAUUCCUACCCAUUCCCCUCCUCUCUCCUCCGUCCUCGUCACGAUGAGUCUCAAGAACGAAAACAAUGGCGGCAGCGAUGCCGCCGCCUACAAAUCGGGUACGCUUGGUGAUGAGCAUCCAACGGCCGGCCAGCAUUUCCCCGUCGAUCCAGAGGCCGGGGACACGAAUCCCCUUCACCGAAGUCUCAAGGGCAGGCACAUGCAGAUGAUUGCCAUUGGUGGUGCCAUUGGUGCUGGUCUGUUCAUCGGUUCUGGGACUGCUUUUCAGACUGGUGGACCUGCUUCUGUUUUUCUCGGUUUCCUAAUUGUUGGUGUCAUGGUAUACCUCAUGAUGCAGGCCGUCGCAGAAAUGACCGUCCUGUAUCCCAUCAACGGUGCCUUCACCAUGUACAUCUGCCGCUUCGUUGAUCCCUCCUUCGGGUGGGCGUGCGGCAUAGAGUACGCCAUCAGCUGGCUGACUGUCCUUCCCUUUGAGAUCUCCGCUGCUUGCAACAUCAUCCACUUCUGGCCAGGCUCGGAGGGUAUCAAUAACUCUGCUUGGAUCGUCCCGCUACUUGUUGCUUUGGUCGUCAUUCAAUUCUUUGGCGUGAGGGGAUACGGCGAGGUCGAAUUCGUCCUCAGUUUGAUGAAGGUCCUCGCCUGCAUGGGCUUCAUCAUCCUGGGAAUAAUAAUCAACUGUGGCGGCGUUCCAACAGAUGACAGAGGCUACAUCGGUGGAAGAUACUGGAACGACCCUUACAGCGCAUUCCUCAAUGGCUUCCACGGCUUCUGCAGCGUCUUCGUCACUGCAGCGUUCGCCUACACUGGCACCGAGCUGACAGGACUGGCUGCUGCGGAAACACAGGAUCCAAAGAGGGAGAUUCCGAAGGCCUCGAAUCAGGUCGCAUGGCGAAUCGGUAUCUUCUACGUCGUCAACCUUCUUCUCGUUGGCCUCGUCGUACCGGCAAACAGUCCCCUGUACGGCAGUGCGACUUCCCAAUCGCGUGGAUCGCCUUUUGUCAUUGCAAUUGAGCUUGCUGGCAUCAAGGUCCUGCCGUCGAUUUUCAACGCCGUUAUCCUGAUCGCCGUUAUAAGUGUUGCUAACUCGUGCACCUUUGGCUCGACUCGAACGCUUCAGGCUCUCGCUGCAAAUGGAAUGUUCCCAAAAAAGAUGGCCUACGUUGACAAGAAGGGUCGUCCCAUUCCUGUAGUCAUUCUCCAGCUUCUCUUUGGCAUGCUAGCAUUCAUCAACCUGGCGGAUAAUGGUGGCGUAAUCUUCAAUUGGCUCCUGUCGCUGUCGGGUCUCACCAUCCUCUUCGUCUACGGUGGCAUAGCUCUGGCUCAUAUCCGCUUCCGCAAGGCCUGGUCCGCAAACGGUCAUACCUUGGACGAGCUUCCCUACAAGGCCAAUUGCGGCGUCUGGGGCUCCUAUGUGUGCUUGCUUAUCUGCGUUCUUGCUCUGAUCGCUCAGUUCUACGUCGCACUGUAUCCUGUCGGCGGUCCUAACCUGGAUCCCACUACCUUUUUCCAGCUCUACCUCGCCGGUCCGCUGCUGAUUUUCCUUUACGCAAUCUGGAAGGUCUACAGCUGGUUCUAUGAGCCAUCGCACCGCCCAUUGUUCAUCAGAACAAAGGAUAUUGACAUCUACACGGGCAUGAGGGAGAACCAGCGAGACAGGAUCAGUGGUGUAGGUGUCUCGGCGGAGGAGAGACGCGCUAGCAUUGCCGAGAUGGAAGAGGAAAAGCACAAGGGAGGUGCUGGGGCAUACAUCAAGAAUGCUAUCCGAAACAUCAUUUAAACCUGGCGGGAGUAUGGUAUUAGAGUGGCGGGCAGUAAGGGGUCGAGGAGGCAGAGAAGGAGUAACGGCUUUGGUGAGAAUAAUAUUAAUAUUACUGACAGUAAGAAUUCUAUAUUAAGAACUAUAAUUAUUCUCUGUUAACAGUGUAUUAAUUUACCGAACUAAAUAUUAGCAAUACUAUUUUGAACUAAAUAUUAUAGUAUAGUAAAGAGAUCCGCUA